AUGCGCGGGUCCCCGGGAGGGCGGGGCAGGCGAGCGGCGGCGUUGGUCCGAUCCGGGUCGUACAUCCUCUUGCUGCCGUCGCCGCCGGUGGGAUCCGGGCUGCGCAGCAUCCUCCGCCGCGCCCCCCGCUCCGCCGCGCCCCCGCCAGGACCAGCCCGGCCGUUGCGCGCGCCCUACCCUGCGAUGAGGCUGAGCAGCCGCGGCCGGGGAUGCUGCGCGGCGGGCGGCAGAGAGCGCGGCCCGCCCCCGCCGCCGCCGCGGAGCCCCUUCGUGCACCAGCUGCGCCUCAGCGCCCUGCAGAAAGCCAAGAUUGCCUUCAUGACCUUGACUUUGUUCCCCAUCCGACUCUUUUUUGCUGCUUUUAUGAUGUUACUGGCCUGGCCUUUUGCAUUCAUUGCUUCAAUGGGAUCUGCUGAGAGAGAACUGGAAAAGCCCCUCUCCUGGUGGCGAAAAGUAGUGGACUUUUUGCUGAAAGCAAUCAUGAGAACAAUGUGGCUUGCUGGAGGAUUCCAUUGGAUAAAUGUAAAGGGCAGACAGGCUUUACCAGCAGAAGCAGCAAUAUUAACUCUGGCUCCACAUUCCUCAUACUUCGAUGCCAUUCCUGUGACCAUGACUAUGGCUUCCAUUGUGAUGAAGGCAGAAAGCAAAGAUAUUCCUGUAUGGGGAACUUUAAUAAAAUAUAUACGACCAGUAUUUGUGUCUCGGUCAGACCAGGAUUCUCGCAGAAAAACUGUUGAAGAGAUAAAGAGACGUGCUCAAUCUGAUGGCAAAUGGCCACAGAUAAUGAUAUUCCCAGAAGGAACUUGCACAAACCGAUCUUGUCUAAUUACCUUCAAGCCUGGAGCAUUUAUUCCUGGAGUUCCUGUCCAGCCAGUAGUUUUGCGUUAUCCGAACAAAUUGGAUACGAUCACAUGGACAUGGCAAGGUCCAGGAGCGCUGGAAAUUCUGUGGCUUACCUUGUGUCAGUUUCACAAUUUUGUGGAAAUUGAGUUCCUCCCUGUUUAUAUACCUUCAGAAGAGGAAAAGAAAAACCCAUCUUUGUAUGCAAAUAAUGUCAGACGUGUAAUGGCAGAGGCCUUGGGAGUUUCAGUAACAGACUACACAUUUGAAGACUGCCAGCUAGCUUUGGCUGAAGGACAACUUCGUCUGCCUUCAAACACCUGCCUUUUAGAAUUUGCAAAGCUUGUGAGAAGCCUUGGGCUGAAACCAGAGAAGCUUGAAAAAGAUCUUGAUAGAUAUUCUCAAAGUGCCAAGAAAAUGAAAGAGAAAAGAGUCAGUCUUAAAGAGUUUGCUGCAUACUUGGAAGUCCCAAUUUCUGACACAUUAGAAAACAUGUUUGCUCUUUUUGUUGAGAAUGAAGAUGGUGUAAUUGAUCUACGGGAAUAUGUGACUGCUCUAUCUGUAGUAUGUAGGCCAUCCAAAACUUUAGAAACCAUUCAGUUGGCAUUUAAGAUGUAUGAAUCACAAAAUGGAACCAUAAUAGAAAACGACUUAGCUUGCAUUCUGAAGACUGCUUUGGGUGUGUCAGAGCUUAAUGUAACAGACCUUUUUAAAGCUAUAGAUGCAGAAGAAAAAGGGAAAAUCACAUAUGAUGACUUCUACAGAUAUACAGAAAUGUAUCCAGACUUUGCAGAAGAGUAUCUGUACCAUGAUCAGAUGGAAGUUGAGAAUUGUUUGAAGACUUCUCUUCCAGCCCCUAAUGGAUUCUGUACUGACUUCAGCCCAGAAAAUGCUGACGAUAAAAAGAAUCCCCUGCAGAAGAAACUGAAUUAAUACUGCAGACAUCCUACUCCUCUCCUGGUGAGAGGAAUAUUUCCUUUCCUGGAAUCUUCAUAGUCACUCCAACUAUAACUUUUGUGUGUGAAAGAUUUACUACCUUAAUACUGUUCUUUAAUUCCCACAUGCUGUAUUUAUCAAUAUCUUCAAGCUUAAUUGUCCGGAGAUGGGUUUUAUUUUAUUUUUUUCAGAAAGGUCUUUGAAAGCCAAUAAUGUGAUGUGCUUCAUUAUUAAUGUGCAUACUUAAAGGGAAGCUACAUAUUUAUUUAUAUUUGAUUGGUUAGUUUCAUGUACAGAAUGUUGCACAAAGUGUGCAUGUAUAAAGAAUUGUAGCUCAUAUGGUGGUGAGUGCACUUUGGUGAUUAGUUUUUUUCCCUGUUUAGGAAGAUGUUUAUUUAGGGCCAGAUCUGUUGUCCUUAUUCACAGAGCAGUCUCACUGAUUUCAGUAGGAUUAUUCUCAUGAGAAAAGCAAGCACAUUUUGGCCCCUUGUGUUGGUUUCAGUAAAUAAUGCAAGAAACAAUUAUGGAAAAAAAAAUUUUUUUUUUUUUAACCAAGGAUUACUUGCUUUUUAUUUUUGUUGUUAAAUGAUAAAAGUUGUCUCUGUCUUUCAGUCCAUUACAUGGUAGAAUCAAAAGCGAAGGGGCUUUAGUUCCCAUACAUUUAUUCUCAUAUACUUAUCUGCAGAACACAGUGAAAUAUGGAAUGCUUUCAAAACAGACAUGAUAUGUCUAUGUGAACAAAUGUGUGGCAAACAAACUAUGCUUUCCAUGCUUUUCUGUAAAAUUAUUCAAACAUUUCCACUUAUUAAUUAUAUGAGGAAUUUAUUAUAAACUAAUUCCUUAUGUAUUUAAUUUCGAUAUUAACCAGGAAUCACACAGGUGCAGCUUCUUUGGUAAAAAUCUGACGACAGAUACACAUGCACAUGUGUGCAUAUACAGUCAAAUACAUGUUGUAAUGUGGAAUAAAGAUUUUUAUCAGCAUGAAUUUGGAAAGAUUGCAUUAGGAGUGGCAAAGCCAUAAGUGAGUUAUAUAAGACAUCCCAAAGGUGUGUAUUCUAUAUGAUUACCAUGGUGUGUAUUCUAUAUGAUGCAGAAGUUACCAAAAAAAAAAAAAUUAGGAAUGUUUUACAGAAGUUUUAAAAAAUGUUAUUGGCACUAUUUCUUAUUUCUUUCCUUUUGUAAAUGCAGGUACUUUAGUUACAAGGAAUAAAACUGAGCAGGACAUCAAAACUAAUAUAAAAAACUUCCCAAAAUGAUGUAGUUUUUCUGAAUAUAAAAAUGUCAGAACUUAAAAGCCCAAAAUGUGCCUUUAAGGGCUAGAAGUAAUGCUGGGUCCCAAUGGGACCAAAGGAAUUUCUCUCCUUCUUAAUGGUAAAAAUUCUUAAUCCUGCAUGGUUAGUAACCCCAUUACUAACCCUGUA